CAGCCCGGUGUCCAGAUCUGACACUUGUAUCUGUAUUAUCAUUGGGGGAAAAAAGUAUUUCUCUCGUAAAGGCAGCCGUUUUGGUUAUUAUUCUAGUCUGCAACAUCCAUCUCUUUUCAUCUUCCUGCAGGCAUUUUUAGAAUGGGGAAUAGUCUGCCUACUUCUGUAGGAUUGUCUAAUGAUGCUGCUGUGAAUCAAAUACAGGAGAUUAUUUCAGGCAACUGUGUGGUGAUUUUCUCUAAAACAACAUGCUUCUACUGCAAAAUGGCAAAAAAACUUUUUGAGGGUAUGAAUGUAAAUUAUACAGCUGUAGAACUGGACGUGAAUGCAAAUGGAAGUCAGUUCCAAGACAUUCUUGAACAGAUGACUGGUGGCAGAACAGUCCCAAGAGUGUUUGUCAAUGGGACUUUUCUUGGAGGUGCAACAGAUACUCAAAGGCUUCAUGAGGAAGGCAAACUGCUUCCGUUAGUUCAUCAAUGUCAGGUGAAAAGAAAAUCCUGAACAGCCAUCUAGCUUAGUUUAGUCUUCCUUUGUAUAAACAGAAUUUCAGACAAGUUAGAAGAUCGCAAAGAUACACUGCAUCAGCUGGACUCAACAACUUCAAGCCAUGGAUUUCUGAAUUAUAGAUCAUUCUCUGACACAGAGUUUAUGGACUUGGCAAAUUACUUGGUGACCUUGCCUCAGCUCUACCACAACCAAAACGGCGAUUAAAAACAUUUUGUAACUCUUGGGGCUCCAAGUGUGAGAUAGUGAUGUCAUUUUAUUGCUAUUAUAUCCUGAUACUAUACUUUGGAGAAGUAUAGACUGUACAAGAAGAAUCCUGUAUUUUUUUUUUGCUGCAAAGCUUGCUAGCUUUGUUCCGACAGUUAAAAUAAAUGGUCCGUUUAAUUUAAUGGUUCCUUUAAAUUUAAUUCUUCUCUGAAUGUCAGGUUGUAAUCAUGAAGAAAGUAUGAAGCAAAACAAGUUUGUAGUGAUAUUGCUGUAUGCAUGUCUGCCUCUCUUACAUGUCAGUGUCUGAUCACCUAGCUACCAAAUUGUAUGGGAAUAAAGAUUCUUGCAGCUUUAGAGGGUAGGUAAUUGCUUUCAUCUUUACUCUACACUAUGAAGUAUCAGUCUAUACAGUGUCGCAUUCAGAAAUAUCCUUCUAGGGGAGCCAGACAGCUCCCUGUCACUAAACUGUGCAGCUACAAACUACAUUACGAUCAAUGCAACACUAUUAUGAAACUUAAGACCAAGUAAAAUGGGUCUAAUAUGCAUAGAGUUUAUUUAGUACUUAAUUUCUACAGUCAGAAUGCAGUUUACUAGCGAUUUUAACUUGCAGUUAAAUGUCUAAAAGAAAUGUCUAAAAUUCAAUAGUUUCAGUACAAUGUACAUCCGAAGCCAGACCAGGCAAUGCCAAGACUCUUGGUUAUUUCAAGAAAGUUCAUAUGCAAGUAGAAAAUUAUAUCCCAUUCUUGAGUAAAAGGGACCAUCACACUACUAAAGAUGCACAGUUUAGAAUAAAAACGUUAGUCAAUCAAUUUUUACUCACUUCUUGUGAAUAAGACUCCUGUUAUUUCUGUUGCUUUCAGCACUGCAUGCACCUAAACUACUUUUUUCCCCUCAAGGGAAAAAAGUGUCACAUUUAUCUUCAACUCCAGAUAACUAGGACUGUAAGAGUAUCAUGUAAAUUUGACAGCUUCAUUUUAGUGAUGCGGGUUUGAAAUAAGUUUAAACUGCAUCAUUGUAGAAAGUCUUUAGUAUACAGUUGCCUGCACUGUGCAUCUUUAACGUGUAAUGAGCUAUUUAAACACUGACCUCGUUAUAUUUUUAUCAUUGCUGUUUACUGUAUUUUGCUAGUUUCAUCACUGCCUUAUUAAAAUUUUGUUUACAAGGACACACUCAUCAAGGUAAACACACAAAAAUGUGUAUCUCUCCCUAAAUUUACACUUAAUAAAGCAAUUUAUUUUGCACAUACAGUGGUAACCAAGUAUUCUUUUUCUCUGUGUUGAAUUCUUCGGCCAGUUGUGUUUUCUCAGAAGUUUAACAAUAAUUUUGCACCUGAAAGCUGGUAAAUCCGUCAUGUAAAAAUAAUAGUAUGCAAAGGAAUUUUUCAGAGACCUUUUCAUUUUGUUCCCUGUUAAAAAAAAAAAGUUCCAAAACAGUAGUCUAAAAUAACCCUUUGAGUUUUAAGUUUCAGAAGGCCCAGGGCAUUGUCACUUAAGGCAAUAUUCUAUUCCAACUGAGAAAACAUGCUGUAUGCCUGCAGAUCCAAGUGAGUGCCCGUUCAUUAAAGAAGAUAUGUCUUAAGGCACUCAAAGGGUUAAUUAUGUUUCUUUUUACCCAUAUUAAGGCUCCCCAUCCAAAUAGUUUCUCAUUAAUUUUGUAUCAUUUCAUAGAAAGUAGCAGCAAGACAGUGCCUUCAUUACUGGAUGGCACAAAGCCAUGUUAUGUUUAAGUUAUGGCAGUUAAAGUGUGGUUCUACUCUAGAGAAAAAAAAAAGGGACUCAAAACCAGUCAUUAAAAAUUUCCGUAUUUUUUGCCUAGCAUUGUCUCCAGGACAAAGCUGUUUAUCUUACAAUAAUGCUUGCCCUGGGAUCUGAAUGUUAAAAAUUAUCCACUGAAAGAUUCUGUGCUUACACUGAAGACAUACCUGCUCAUCCAGCUUAAAUACCACGCUCCUAAGAAGGGUGAGAAGCUGGAAACAAACAUCAAGUUACUUAACUAAGCAGACAGAGCUGUGACUGCGCCCAUCUGUUGCUUCUUUAUACAGAAUUAUUUUUAAAGAGUAGAACUGCACUUUUAUAGGAGAAUGUAAUAGAAAAGACCUUUUAUUUGUAACUAGUUGUGCUUAACUCUAAGAAGCUGGUAACACUGGGAAACAGCUAUUUAUAUUCAUUAUUUGUUAAUGAAGCAUUUGUAAAAGUUCUCAACAUACCACAUACAUAUAUGCAAAUAUAUAUAUAUUUGAACUUAAAUUCAGAAUGCAGAAAUACCUAAAGAAACCAAGCUUUACAGUAUCAAAAUUAUAAAUCCAAAUGUAAGCACACAUAUUUAAAGACACCAUACUGUCCGCUGAAAUUAGCUGAUCUUAAAUCUUAGCUCUCAGAGCAGCACAUACAUAAUACAUUGUCCUAGUGUUUUACCUUUCCCCCCGUAACUCUUACUCAGCAAUGUUGUACACUAGACUGUACCACGGUAAGAGGAAAUCUCUACCAUUCCAGCAAUAAAGUCAUUAAAACAGCUUGCUUACAGCAUAUUUGUCCACUGUGAACCACUGCAAAUAGCAAAAUAAACCUAUAAACUGAUGGUUUAUAAAUCUUUAAAAAAAAAAAAGAUUAAAAGCACAAGCAAGACAAAUGACUCUUUGCUUAGGUUUACUUCUACAUCCUAUUCUUUGAAGAUUUUCUCUAAUCAAUACUGCAAAGAAGCUGCCCAUUUAUCCAGAAUAUUCAUUUAAAUGUUUCCCUAACUCUGCAUGUAACAGCAGCUUGGUAAUAUUUAACAGAAUGGAAGGCUCCAACCUGCAGAAAUAAUUCUAGAAAAAGCUUUAAAUUUGAAAAGCCAAUUUUAAGCGGUUACUUUAUAAAAAUAAAGCCAUUCACAGGCAGAUAUUGGAUUUUUGUAAAGUAUACUUUUGUCACUGAUCUUUACACAAAGUUUUACCAAAAAUCUGAUAGAUACAGCAAAUUAAAUGCUUUCUAAGAGAUUCACAUAAUCAAAGGAAGGAAAAAAUUGAUCCAGUUUUUUAAAAUUAAGAUAAAUACUAUGACAUCAGUUCUGGUGUGAGUUAUUUAGCUAAGCUAGCACGCUCAAUGACAGCAAGAAGGCAGAAGAACAGGGGCAAAAAAACGAAUGGACGAGAGCUUGUACGGGAAAAGAGAUUCACGUAUAGGCCUGAGGUGACAAGGAGAUGGGAAAGGAGGAAAAAGCCAACAUUAACACAGAGAAGGAAGGGCAAAGCAAAAAGGUAAUAUGAGAAACAAAACAAAUGGAGCCAAUGGAACCAAUACUAAUGCUUCUGGUAUGAUGGCUAUGAGUUAUGGCUGUGAUUAAGCAGCACAGCAUUUUGCAAUGGAAAAAAUAUUUUCCUAGUGUUUUUACAGACAGAACCAUUAUUAAAAUACAUUUCCAAAACUGCUGGUGUAUUUUUUAUGCCAAGAAUAUAUACUUCAUUCAAUAGCCUUUUAAAGCCAUACCCAUUUAUGGGUCCCAAUUAAACAACAAUGAAAAAGAACAACACAACCUCCCUAAUGACUCACGUUUAACAAAGAGGUUUAACAGUAGUUUUAAGCAGCAAGAUAUUUUAGGGCCAGUUAUUAGUGGCCCUCACAUAGCGGGCACUUAGACUGGCCCUGCUGACUUCAGAUCUAUACCUGCUUUUAGACUUCUCUUUUUUAAACACAUAGGAUUGUAAGUAAAGACCCCGUAUUUUGCCUGUAAUCUAAUUCUAGAAGCAUCCCAAACUCUCCUCCUCCUUGCUACAGGUCUAAAAUUCCCGUCAUGAAAUUCAAUUUCUUGGCAAAAUUAGUACUGUGUUUAUUCAAUUUAUUACACAAUGCUGAUGUAUGCAUUGCAUGAUUUUUAAGAAAGAGUGCCUUCUGCCCUCUCCACAUUCUUGAUUGUAUCCCUUCCAUGAAGAAACCUGACCUCUGAUGUUCAUUCGCUACAGCCCUUCAUUACAGAAGAAUGUUUUACCUCUGCUGUGCUUCCAACCAUUACAUCCUUUUCUUCUUUCUUACAGCUAAAGUGCCUGAACGUUAUAGUCUUAGGCAUAAUAGUCUAAUACUUAAGAAUUGUUAAGGGGGUCACAGUGAAGUGGCAGUCAAACUGAAAGCCUAUUAAUUCUGUUAGAUAUUGGGAAACCUGCAUUCACGCGGUCUACAGUUGCACUCUGCAUUUAGACUUUUUUUAAAUUAAUGUUUUGAAUAAAAUUAACUAUCUUUAAACUUGUCCCUGUUCAAUUUUUACUGGUAAACUGCAGUGCACAAUUACAGCCCCAUUUUUGUUUUGUUAGUCAGUGUUCCUCCAAUGCAAACAACACUAUUAACUUGAAAGAGUCAGUGUCUCCUCUUCGGUGAAAGGGUUUGGUGAAAGUUAUUUAUUGUAUACUGAACUAAUGCUUAAGCUUAAUAACUUUGUCUUAGCUCACUUUUU